AGUUCUAAUCAUAAUCAUAGCUAAAACAAUUAACAAAACAUAGUUAUGGCAUCCUCAUUACACAACUAUGCUAUUGUUAUUAUUUCACUUUUAGCCAUAAUUCAAUUUAAAUCCACUUCUGGCUCUUCUCAUCAUCACCACAAGCACUUAAAAUCCCUCCACUUUUCACUUUACCAACAUGAGACAAUAAACAAAACAGGGUAUAUUAUAGUGAAUGGUAUUAAAGGAGGAGCUGGAAUAACCCAAACAACAACACCUUUCGGUACUUUGUUUGUGUUUCAAGAUUCUUUGACAUUAACAUCAAAUAGAUCUUCCAAACAUGUUGGAAUUUCUGAAGGGACUUCUAUUACAUCUAGUUUUGAUGGACUUCAGAGCAUUUCAAUUGCAAAGUUUAGUGUUCGGUUGAAGAAUUAUAAAGGGUCUAUUUCUGUUGUUGGGGGGACAAACAAUAUUAAAGCUUCGGAUCAUCCUAUAGUUGGAGGUACUGAGGAUUUCAUGUUUGUGCAAGGCUAUGUUACCUCUUCUCCUGUUGAUCUUAAGGGUAUUACUGUUGUUUACAAGAUUGAGUUUCAUAUUUAUUGGCCUCCUUAUGCAAUUCCAUCCUCAUAAUAAGGUCAUGGACACUUAAAAAGAAAUUAUUUGAAUUUCAUGCGGUGAAAAAAAUCUAGAAUUCACACAUUUAAAAUCUUUUGAGCUGUUUGACCGAUAUAAGACGAUUUAACUCUAGGUCUAAUCUUUUAUGUGUGAAUUUCUUCCUAUUAGUACUAUUUUGUAGUUUACUUUUUGAGGCAAUUUGUAUUUUUUUUCUUAGAUGUUGAAUCUUAUGGUUAAACUUUUGUUGUAUAAAUAUAUGACCAAGCUUUCAUUUUAUCCGUUUGUGAUACUACUUUAAUACACAAAUGAAGAUUUGGCAUAUAUUUUUGUUUUU